UUGACCAUUUAUUACACUUUCUUAUUUUCGUGACUAAGCAAAAUUUCAAAUGUAAACAAAUCAAAUGACUAUGCACUUUUUUGUGCAAUAAAAAGAAGAAAAUCACUUUAUCCUGCUUAUCAAAUCUAAAUCAUAAUUUGGUUAAAAGCAAAAUGUCGGAUACAGAACACAUCUUGUCGUACUACGACCCUGCCGUCAACGAGCUGGAGAAAGCCCUCAGACUUGCCAGAUCAACAAAAGCCGCGCCUGAAGUCAUACAGUCCCUGGAGUCUGCGUGCGAACUGGUCAAGCUUCGAGAGCAGUUUACCCAUUCAGCCAGCUCAAAGGAGAGUGAUGCUUGCAAGAAUAUACUAGCAGAGACGUACAAGCAUGAUUGGAGGAAAGUAUACCAGGAGGGAAAAACUACUUGGCAGCUGAUGCCUUUAAUGAUGAGUGGACUGUUAGAAGGUCAGUUUUUAAAGUCCAUCAUCAGCAUUCAGAAAGCUAAGAGAAUCCUUGAAAUUGGGAUGUUCACUGGCUACAGCGCCCUCUCAAUGGCAGAGGCUUUACCAGCCGAUGGUGAACUGGUAACCCUUGAUCAAGACGAAUAUUUAAAAAGUUUUGUUGGGGAACAAUUAUUUAAAAAGUCACCGCACCAUAAAAAAAUCACUAUCAAAAUUGGGCAUGCCCUCAACACCAUCAAGCAGAUGUCAGCGAAUGGUGAGCAGUUUGACAUCAUAUUCUUGGAUGCCAGCCAGUCUGAAUAUCUGGAGUACUUUAAGUAUAUCUUUGAAAAAGGACUGCUCAGUCCUGGAGGGACAGUUUUGAUGGACAAUGCCUACAUGCAAGGGAGUGGGUAUGCUUCACCAGGGAGAGAAACUGUGACCAACAAAGUUGCAAAGUAUUUGGCAGCAGAUGCAUCAUUACACAAGGUUCUUGUCCCACUACGAGAUGGUAUUUUAAUGAUUCGCAGACUCGCUGAUGUAGAAAAGGGAGCCUCGUAAAAUAAUUUUAUUAGCUGCUAUUUUAUUUCCAUGCUCAUCUUUACUAGGCCUACUACAACUAAAACAGAACAAAAACUUUUAAAGUUUUUUCUAUUCUUUUAAGUCUUAUUGACUAUUUGCUUUUUAAUUUGAGAUCUGUUUUUUAUGUCGUAGUUUAAAAUGAGUAACUUUAACUCUUAUUUAUUUUUUACAACUAUUUGUAGCAAGACUGAAUGUUUUUUGUCAGUGCUUCAAGCAAUUAAUUUAAUGUAAACCGUAGUUUUAACAUAUUAAUGUCAAUAAGUUGUUUAUUACUUCUAAUCACCAUCAAUUGUAAUUAACCUGCUGGUAGGCAGUUUCAUUCAUUCUUUUAAAAACUGUAACAUAAUGCCAAAUUGUUUUUAAUUGUUUUAUAUAUUACAAUAAAGAAAUCU